AUGGCUUGUAUUGGUUGCAAAGACUCAAUCAAAAGAUCAAUUUUGUAUACAAAAGACAUUAAAGCCCUCUGUGAAAAUUGUCAGAAAAUUGAAUCUGAAUCUGAUCAAUCAGUGCCUGAAGCUAAAAAACGAAAUAGAGAUAGAUCUACGUGAAAUCCUCCUCCUGACACUUGGAAAUCAAUUCAUAGAUUUAGAAGAUAUGGAAAGCUUAUAUCAAUGGAACUAGGAAAUAAAACUUAUGACUGAGUUACAAGACAAGGUCGCGGAAAAUUCAAAUUAGAUCAAAAAUUAAAGCAGCUGCAUAAAAAAGCAAAUAAUAAUGAUAAAGUGGGUCUUUCAAAGGCUGUGAAGUUGUGCUAUAAUAGAGAUUAUGAUUUGGAGCAGCUAAAUACAUUUUUAAGACCUAUGGGUUAUCCAUAUGACGCAUUAGCUGAUUUAUUUCAAAGUUUCUAUGAUAAUCAUAUCAAAAGUUAUCUCAAAUAA